CUCUUUCUUUUUUUUUUUUUUGAACGGACCAUUUCUCUUUCUUUGAACACACACAAGAGAGAGAGAGAGAGAAAAGGCAAAGCUCUUGCAUUUCUCAUGCACUGUGGAGUCGUGUUGGGUUUCUAUUGCUGGGGUUGGGAGUUCUUAACUGCCCUUCUUCUCUUCUUUACCCCUUGUGAUCACCACCACCACCCUUCUUCCUCCUGAUCAUCUUCUUGUUAGUUAGUUAGUUUUGCAGUGCACCUCUCUCUCUCUCUAGAUAUUUUUUUGUGAUGGAGGUUGAAUGUGAAAAGGGUUUGUUUGAGUAUGUACUGAGGAAGUCCUCACCACCACCUUUCUUGUUGAAAACCUACAUGCUUGUGGAGGAUCCGACGACCGAUCAAGUCAUCUCGUGGAACUCCGAGGGGACGGCUUUCGUGGUGUGGCAACCGGCCGAGUUUGCCAGAGAUUUGCUCCCAACUUUCUUCAAACACAGCAACUUCUCUAGCUUUGUCAGGCAGCUCAAUACUUAUGGGUUCCGAAAGGUGGCUACAAGCCGGUGGGAGUUCUGCAAUGACAUGUUUCGAAAGGGCGAAAGAGACCUGUUAUGUGAAAUUCGUCGAAGGAAAGCAUGGACAAACAAGUCACAAUCACAACCAGCUCCACCAACCCAAUCUCUGCCAAAAGAAUCUGAUGAAGAUCAACGGUCAUCAUCAACUUCAUCAUCAUCGGGGUAUAGCAACCUCAUGGAUGAGAACAAAAGGCUCAAGAGAGAGAAUGGGGUCUUAAGCUCCGAGCUAUCGGGCAUGAAAAGGAAGUGUACCGAGCUUAUUGAUCUAGUGGCCAUGUAUGCGAGAUCGGAGAAAGAAGAAGAAGACGAAGAAGAAGAAGAAGAAGAUGAUAGGCCAAAGUUGUUUGGUGUGAGAUUGAAAGUUGAAGGAGACAUGGAGAGAAAGAGAAAGAGAGCAAAUAUUAGUGAAACUGCAAGUGUUUUGUUAUCUCAGUCAUGCAAAUAAGUAGCACCAAGAAUCUUCUAGAGUGAAAUUUUUCUAAAGUUUCUUAGAGUGCUACAUUGUGUGAUUGAGAUUUACUGGCAAGUCACAUCAGAAAAAUUGAUGUGACUUGCCAGUAAAUCUCAACCACACAAUGUAACACUUUAGAAAAUUUUUAAAAAAAAUCACUUUAGAGAAUCCUUGCUCAAUAAGUAGCCAAUUAGGAAAAACCAAAGCAUGCUAAAACAAGUAGCUUUUUAAUUAAAUAGGUUUGAGUUUUAUAAAUAUAUAUUUAGAUAGGCAUAUGUAUAGCCAUGUAUGUUGCAAAUGCUAUGAUCAACCGUGGAGAUGGUCCAUACUUAGCUAUUGUUUGAGAACAAAUUAUUUUAAUAAUUUUUUAGCUUUUUUAGUUAAUAUGUGAUAAAAAAAAAUUAGUAUA